AUGCUUCAGGAGUACAACACAGGGUCAAUCGACCUUUCUUCGGAUAGAAAUAUGGUCCAAGGUGAUGUUGCAGGAGUGUUUGCCAAGGAUCCCUCACAGAGCUUGAUCCUUCUCAUCGACUUCAAACUUGAAGGCGAGCACAUAUGGCCUCAUCUCGUUCAAUAUCUUGAGCCGCUUCGUGAAGUAGGAUACCUGACUCAUUUUAACGGUUCCUCUGUCGUGCAGCGGCCGAUAUCUAUUGUCGCGUCUGGUGAUGCGCCCUUCCAUCGCAUUUUGGAACGGAAUACGUCUCGCGAUAUUUUCUUUGAUGCUCCCCUCGGCGAAUUAUCGCAUGUAUCGCCAGAUUUACCUACAGCCAAAUCUAUAUAUAAUAUCAGCAACAGCUAUUAUGCGUCUGCCAAUUUCAAAGAAGAGAUCGGGUCUAUCAGAGGGAACCAGUUCUGCCAAGCCCAGCUAGCCAAGAUUCGCCAUCAAAUGAGAGUAGCACAUGAGCAUGGUCUGAAAGUGCGAUACUGGGGCACACCGAGCUGGCCGCGUGGGCUGCAUAAUCACGUUUGGCAUAUUCUUGUGCGGGAAGGUGUGGACGUUAUCAAUUUCGAUGAUUUGAGGGACGCGACACAACAAGACUGGAGGAAGCAUCGCACCUGGUUGAAUUGA